UGUAAUUCCAACUUCCAACUAGAAAGCACUUUGUAAACCUGAUUUCUUUUUCUUUUUUUCUUUCUUUUUCUGGGUUCCGCUAGAAUAGUGGGGAACAUUGGUCAGUCUGUGAUUUGAUGUGUCCGAGGCAGAGUGAGUGGCUUUGCAAAGGGGAGGUUCUUCUUCUUGUGAGUCUUAAAACCAGGCCCCAAACAAACAAACACCUUUGCUAGGAGUCACCCACAGUAGGGUGACAAUGAAGAAGAGCAGAUGGUCACAGUCCAACCCAAUUCCGCUUCUAACAAAAAGGCCAGCCGGAGAAGAAGAAGAAGAAGAACCUAGUUGUCACAGCAAAAGGGAACUGCAAUUGGUCACCACCUCACCCUUCAGACUCCCCGAUGGUUGGUACGUUGAGGAAAAGCGCCGUCCCCUUAGCAAUACUUCCCACCCCGGAAAAAUCGACAGGUAUUACAUUGAGCCUGGCACGGGACUGAAGUUUCGCUCGCUGUCAGCUGUACAGAGAUACCUAACAGAAGGGAAAAUCGAAACACGUACCAAGAAUUCAGAACCAGGCAAUGAAUGGAAUAAGCAAAUUACACCACGCACCACCUGGAGCACUUCAUCCUUUAUACUACCUGAUGGUUGGGAAGUUGAGGAAAAGCCACGAAACAAUUCUUGUAUCAUAGACAAGACCUAUAUUGAGCCAGGGACUGGACAGCGGUUCCGUUCUUUAAUAUCUGUUGAGAGAUACCUAACAGGAGCAAAUGAAGAUACACCUCUCAAGGCAUUGGUACCUGCCAAUAAGUCUGGUGUAUGUUCUUUUCUUUCUCCUGGCUCAGGCCGCCAGAAGAUGAAAAGUUUGGGUGAGAUACAGUCCCAGAAAGUUGUCUCUAGUUCUCUGACGAGAAAUAUUACUGGUGCGAACGAUAGACCAUCCAAGCUCAAUUUCGGCAGACCACCAGCAAAAGUGAAAUGGGUCCUCGGAGGUCCGGGGGGGUGUAUGUGGAACCCCUUCAUGGACGAAUCAAAGGUCCCUGAUUCUAUGCAAGCCCACCCGAAGUUUUACCAGAUACUUAACCUCUUAGAUAUUAGUAGAUGUGACUCGUGUCAAACUGUGGCUCGAAAUCAACGCCAGGUGGCUGAUUUAGCUGUAAAAGGAGCUGCAUUACCCCAAAAGAAGCAUCUUUGCUUGAGUGACAGUGCCGUGACCAUGAGGAUGCGCAAAUCGUCACAGUCGAAGCCAAUUCCGCUUCUGACAAUGAGGCCAGCCGAAGAUGAAGAAGAAGAAGAAGAAGAAGAACCCAGUAGUAGCAGCAAAAGGAAAUUGCAAAUGGUCACCACCUCACCCUUCAAACUCCCUGAUGGUUGGUCCGUUGAAGAAAAGCGCCGUCCCCUUAGCAACAGUUGCAACCCCGGCCAAAUCGACAGGUAUUACUAUGAGCCUGACACUGGACUGAAGUUUCGUUCUUUGGCAGCUGUUCAGAGAUACCUAACAGAAGGGCAAAUCGAUACACGUACUAUAAGAUCCAAACCAGGCAGUGAAUGCACUAUACAAAAUACACCGAGCACCAACAGGAACACUUCAUCCUUUUUACUACCUGAUGAUUGGGAGAUUGAGGAAAAGCGACGUUACAAUUCUGCUACCGUGGACAAGACUUAUAUUGAGCCAGGGACUGGACAGCGGUUCCGUUCUUUAAGAGCUGUUGAGAGAUAUCUAACAGGAGCAAAUGAAGAUACUUCACUCAAGCCAUUGGUACCUACCAAUAAGUCUACUCUUUCCCCUGGCUCUGGCCGUCAGAAGAUGAAAAUUUUGGGUGGGAUCCAGUACCAGAAGGUUGUUUCUGAAGGAAUUUCUAGUUCUGCGAAGAAAAAUAUUUCUGGUGAGAAUGAUAGACCCUCCAUGCUCAAUUUCGGCAUCCCAACAGCAAAAGUGAAUUGGGUCCUUGGAGGUACCGGGGGGAGUAUGUGGAACCCCUUCAUGGAAGAUUCAAAGGUGCCUGAUUCUGUAAAGCAAAAGUGGUCCGAAAUUUUUGUAUCAGCCAUUUAUGGUGGAAACAUUAGUGCUCCAAGCUUUUAA